AUGCAUGUCUUUGGUCUUUGGUCCUUUGUUUGGUUUUCUGUGCUGCUGACGACCAAGAAGACUUGUAAAGUCCAUGCUCGAGUAGGUGACCAUGAAAGCUCCCCACCAGGAGAUGAAACACUGGCACAAUUACCAGAACUGAACAAUCCGCACUCCAGCAGCCAUCCAGAACAACGGAACCUUCAAACUUCCCAAUGUCCGUCCGUAUACCCAGAUCCAUCCGAGAUCAAACUCCUCUUGAGCAAAGAAUUCUUUGUCAACUAUGUCAACCAGUCCCUGUAUAUUUCAGACAUUAUCAAGGCGCAAGAUUAUGGGCCCAUUGAGGAUUUGGUACCUGAACUUGAAAAGGUCUAUGAGCGGGUCGAUGCAUUUAGUGAUAUUGAUGACCAGGCUUUGAUCGUCAAAACCAAGGACACGCAAUUAUGUUUUGCCGCCUUUCAAGCCAGUGAUCGAGGGGAUCGGAUGGUAGAAGGCUGGAUUGGCUACAUUCUCGACCAGUGGCACAAUAUCAACCCCUUCACCUAUAAGAUAAAAGGAACUGACUGCAAAAUCCGACAAGGUACCUUCGAUGCCUACAACACUACGUACAAGGUUGACUUUCGGAGAGCUUUGAAUGCUUGCGUUGAAUCUUGUGGAGAUGAACAAUGUCCACUUGUGCUCGCAGGGGACAGCCAAGGAGGAGCCGUGGCCAUGGCUGCUGCUAUAGAUGUGACCCAAUUGUACGAUCCAACUGUAAUCACAUUUGCUGCCCCGAAAGCCUUGGUCAAAUCAAUGCCUUGCUCCAUCUUGAACACGGAAAAACACUUUCGGUUCGUCAACACAGAUGUGCAAGGCAGGUAUGAUCUCGUUGUGAACCAGGUGAACAUCUUUAAUGAGAAGCACACGGGAUGGACUUUGUUGCUAGACGACAUCAAUUUUCCGCUCGGUUCGCCGGGCCUGGACGACAGUCGUGAUCGAUGCCCUGGGACUAAUGAUCUCCAUGAAUAUACGAUUUAUAGAGACCGUGUGCAGGCGAUCAUCGACCGAGAUUGCUUUCCACUCCCAGUGGGUGGCUGGCCAGAUGGCCACUAUUGCCGAUUUGACGAUGAAUGUCAGACGAACCAAUGUCAUCAACGGAGAUGUAAGCGAGGCUUAUAG